AUGCAGACUUUGGCGGCGUCCGAGGAGGGGCUUCCUGCACUCAAAUUUGUCGUUCGCGACCGAGCGCACCGGAUGCGAAGUGUUCAGAAGCAGACAUGGGAUGCACUCGCCGGCCUCUGCACUCUUCUCCCCAUCCUCGUUACGUCCGAGGGAAGCGUCUGCCGGCAGCUCGAGAACUCCCGCAAGCUAGGGCUGCUGUGGGAGGCCUCUCAGAGAGCAAAGCCCUCCCAGUUCACUGGUGCAUUACGCAGUUUUUCCUUCUGCAUGCAACGUUUCGAGUCCGCGUCGAUGCCUCUCUACAAGAUCCUGCGGACGCUUCCCGCUUUGUACGAGUUCUUGGCCCGAGUAUGCAAAGACGGGGACCUCGAGGACGAGAAGUGGGCCCGAAAUGUGCUCGAGCAGCUCACCGGCACUGGGGCAGGCGCAGCCAUCGUUCGAUGUGGCAUCGUGUCCGAUGCCAUGUUGACGUGCAACCGCUUCCUUAGACUUUGCGACAAGGCCGAUGAUGAUGCUUGCCUGGCAGGUUCGCAGGCAGCCGAGGUGAUGCAUUCCAUGAAGCAUCUCUUCUAUGAAGGAGCUUUGCUCGAGGCCCAGGAGAGCAUGACGCUCCAAGCCAUGCGUACGAUCCAGGAAGUGGGCUCUGUGCGAGUACUUGCCCGAAGAACUGCUGGGGCACGAGGUGCAAGGCCAGAGCACAUACUGCCAGUAUGGAACGACUCCAGUGAGCAAGCUAUCAAGAAGGACAUGAAGCGCGUGUACAAGAUUGUUGAUGCUUACUUUCGUUCCAACUUUCCGCACUGGGAUUACAUGAACUCGUUGAGCGCACUCGACCUUCACGCGAAGUUAAGUAUGACUCAAAGAAAGAGUCUUGUAGCCAGAAUGGCAAAGCAAUGGGGCUUGAAUGCUGACGCUUUGUGGCCCUUUGAUCGCAGGAACCAGCUGGUGGGCAAUGCGACCGAGACUGAUGUGGGAAAUGGUUUGUUUGCCCGAGCUUUGUGGCACGCUCGCAAUCCCAGCCAACAGCCAUCAAAGGAUGCAUGGGUUUGCGCCUUGUCCGAGUUGCGCAAAGGACAGGUGCAGCAAAGGCCCGAUGCUGUAAAACUGGUGAAGCACGCCCUGACAUUCAUGACAUCCACCUGCAAUGUGGAGCGAUGGUUGCACGAAAUCGGUUUGACCGAGCACAAAAGCCGAGCACAUCACCUGAAUGUUUACCGGCUGGAGGAUGCUGUCAAACUCAAUGUGCAAAACAUGAAAGGCAGGUGCUCGGUCAUGCAGGCGGACUACUUGACCACAAGUGCGUCCGAGAGUCAGCAGCGAGGCGUGCGGUGGCAAGCAUCGGAUUUUGGGCUGCGAGCGCAAAGAGCUUAUGCAGAGUACUUCGGAGACAGGGAGCUGCCAGCCCGAGACCUGUUGGCCAUGCAAGAUCGCAGUGACAAGCCGAGGCUGGCACCUUUGAGGGCGUCGUCCGAGAAGUCACUCAACAGCCAGCUGAAACGGCAUAAGGAAUCCUUGGAUUCCGCUGUGUCCCAGCGAUGCAAGAAGCCAAAGAUCAUGUCCGAGAUGGUGGCGGCUGCAGAGGACUUUGCAAGCAGUGUCUCGGCCUGGACUUCCGAUAGCUGGAUGUAG